UUUCGUCGCGAGCACACGUUUACGCUCUCCCUCUCUCCAGUCACUUUAGGUCGCUGCUCCGUGACCUCGCCCCAGACUGAAAGGUCACGUUGGUGGCCAGGUUUAGGGAAGUCUGACCUGACCCCCUCACCCCCACCCUCAGGACCCCCCCACCCUCCCUGUAGGACAAGCGCGGAACAGAGUUUAAGAAAGUUUACUCCUAAGGGCGACACUCACACGGGAAAAGUUUUGGCAGUGAGAGCAGAGUGUUGACACCUCGCACUCUCCCUCGCCUCUCACUAAUACUGACCCCUGCUAACACUGAAAGAUGUGGGAGAUUAAAUUGGGCUCGAUGGUUCUCCUGAUAACCUUCCUGCUGAUGACCUGGGCGUACCUGUCAGGUGCGACCCAGGUGGUGCAGAACACGCACCUCACCAAGUACCCUAUUAACGAACGUCUCACCCACUACCGCCCUCACGUGAACGACCCGCGACGACCUAACCGCUACGAUCUGCCCGGCGAUUAUCCCAGGUGUAACUUCAACGCCCAGUGCACUUGUUCGAACACUGGACCUGACCUCGGCUUGGUGUUCUGUGACAAUGUGGAGCUCGGACGCGUGCCAGAGGAGCUGAACAACACUAAGAUCCACACGCUGACUCUUCGCUCCAAUAACCUGCGAAGUCUCGACGAGUAUGCCUUCUAUAGCACAGGCAUGUGGCGACUCGAGGUGCGCCACAACGCCCUGCUGGAGAUCCCGGAGAAGGCCUUCCAUGGGCUCGAGAGGUCACUGUGGGAGCUUGACCUGCAGUACAAUGACCUCACCCGCCUGCCUCGCGACGCCCUUCGGAAACUGCGCAAGCUGAAGACUCUUGACCUCACUGGUAACUUCAUCUCAGACUUGACAUUGGAGGACUUCCAGGGCUACGAGACUUCCCUGCAGACACUCGUGUUGGCAGAGAACUCCCUCACGCUGAUCCCUGAGGGCAUCUUUCGCACCCUGGAUAACCUUCGCACUCUGAACCUGAGGGGCAACAACAUCCUCACCAUCAACGCCCAGGCCUUCCAGGGUGUCUCCAGCCAGCUGGCCCACAUCAACCUGGCCAACAACCUCCUCCCCAACAUCCCCUUCAAGGCCAUCUCCUCCGUGCCCAGCCUGCAGACACUCAACCUGGCUAGGAACCGCAUCUCCCUCACCUUUGACGUGCUCUACACUGGCUCACUCUCCAUGGACACCCUUGUCCUUGACUUCAACCAGAUCGAGACACUGCCGCCAUACUCCUUCCAGAACUUUGGGACUGUCAACCGCACAUCGCUGAGAGGCAACCCACUCACCCACAUCAAUGACGACGCUUUCAAGGAUGCCAAGAUCAAGGAGCUGUACCUGCAUGACUCUGACCUGUGGAGCAUCUCUGACAAUGCCUUCCGAGGCCUGGAGUCCACCCUGCAGACACUGGACCUCAGCUACAACAACCUCUCCUCCAUCCCCUCCCAGGCCAUCGACAACCUGGCAUCACUGCGUUCCCUCUCCAUCAGCAACAACAAGCUGUCUCUGGACCCCACCGAGGCCUUCAAUGGCUUCCGCUACACCCUGCAGUACCUCAACCUCCUAGGGGACAACAUGGGCUCAAUCCCAAUGGACAAACUGAAGGAGAUGCGUAAUGUGCGCACCCUUGGCCUCAGCACCCUCCCAGACACCUCACUCUCUAAGAAAGACUUCAAGGGUUUCGGUCCAGCUGUGGAGAAGCUGUACCUCAUGAAGAAUGGCAUCACUGGAGUGUCCGCCAAUGCCUUUGAGCACGUCCCAGGUGUCAAGAUUCUGGACCUCUCCAACAACAGGAUCGGUUCUUUUGACAACGAGGCGUUUGCUAACAUUGGCGGUGGCCUGGAGGAGCUGCGACUGAGUUCUGGCCUGUCCAUGAGUCAGUUGCCGCCUCAGCCCAUGCAGUACCUCAUUACCCUGCGAGAGCUGGACCUGAGCAACAACGCCCUCACUAAGGUCAGCGGGGAAUGCUUCCGGUACAUGCGCAACCUCCACACCCUCAACAUGCAGGACAAUAAGAUUGACCACCUCACUCGCAACCACUUCCAGGGCAACUUCCACCCCUACCUUGAGUCCAUCCAACUCUCCUUCAACUCCAUCUCCAAGAUUGAGCCCACCACCUUCCACGACUACAAGAACCUCAAGUACCUCUACCUGGACGACAACCAGAUCACCACCAUCGAGAGGUCUGGAUUCUCUAACCUGGAGAAGCUGGAACACCUGGACCUGGAGGGCAACAACAUCCGUACACUAGGCUAUGAGGCGUUCCAGAACAUGCCAAAACUGCGCUACCUGGAUCUGUCCUUCAACGAGAUGGACAACUUGAACCUGGAUGCCUUUGACCAGGUGGGGACAUUGAGCACCCUCACCAUCGAUGCCAGCCACAACCGUAUUCCCUUCCUCAAGCUGAACGGCUCCAUGUGGAACUCCUAUGCCAGCAUCAAGAUGAUUGACUUCAGCCACAACAACAUCUCCUGGAUCUCCCGUGACUACUUUGAGUCUGUCCGCUCCUCCAUCAUUCACCUGUGGUUCCAUCACAACAACCUCAGAAACAUUAGUGCCAGUGUGUUCUUUAACUUCCCUCAGCUGCAGCUUCUCGACUUCUCCCACAAUAUUGUCAAUGAGAUCGACCACGAGGCAUUCAGAGAGACACGUCGCCUCCACUACGUCAACUUCCGCCACAACAACCUGGCCGACCUUCCUCCCUCACUGUUUGAGAACCACAAUCGUCUGCGCCACUUUGACGUCUCCUUCAACGAGCUCCGAGGCAUUCCUGACGGACUCUUCAAGGUCGCUCCGUUAGAAAUUUUCAGAGCACGCAACAAUCGCUUCUCCAAAUUCCCAGAUUCCAGCCUGGAACGCUGUGCCGACUCCAUCCGGGUCAUUGAUGUGGCGUACAACGAGAUCGACUCCCUCACUGACGCAAUGAUGGGCCGUUUUGACAACCUGGUGUCCCUUGAUGUCUCCCACAACCACAUCAAGACCAUCGAGGCCCGCUCCUUCCGUGGCACUUGGCAUCUCCUGGUCCUCGAUAUCUCCCAUAAUCCAGUCAAGGAUCUCCAGAGCUACACCUUUGAUGGGCUGCAGGACUCCCUCAUGAACCUCAGCGUGGCCAACACCUCACUCAGCGCCGUACCGGACUUUGACCUUCCUCGUCUCAUGUACCUUAACGUCUCCCACAACAUCAUCUCCUUCUUGCCCUCUAUCACCAUGGCUAACCUCACUUCCAUCAGGGUCCUGGACAUCUCCUACAAUGAGCUCCCAGUGCCUUCAAACAGUGCCUGGCAGAUGCUUCCCCGCCUUCGAGAGCUGUACAUGCAGAAGAACCCCAUCCGCUCCCUCACCAAUGACUCCUUCUCUGGGCUGGAGAGGCUGGAGGUGCUAGACAUCCGUGACUUCCCCCUGCAAGGUUUUGAGGCUGGGUGUCUAGCGUCCAUGCCCUCACUGCAGCGCCUCUACAUGACAACACAUCCCAACAUUGCCAAGUUUAACCUUGCCAAGGCACUCCACAAUGUGCCUUCACUCCAGCAGCUGAACCUUGAGGUUGAUGGAACACUUGGCAAGGAGCUCUUGAAGUACAAGUUGCCAUACCGCCUCACCAACAUCACACUCAUGGGGCCUCGCAUGCGCCAAAUCAACCCCACAGCUCUCCAGGAGCUGAGGGCCCGGGAGCUGCAGCUGACCUUCUACCACACCAGGAUGGAGGAGGUGCCCCGGGACGUCUUUAAGAACCUUGGUCGUGUCAAGUAUGUGUCAGUGGCAGCCGUCAAUAACAGCAUGAAAAAGCUGGGUGAGCCGUCCACCACUGGCUACCCUGGCACUCCCAACUCUGUCUUCCUCACAGACCUGCGGAUGCACAACAACGACUGGAGCUGUGACUGUGGCAUUGGGUGGAUUGAGCCAUGGCUGAAGAAGUGGCGCCAGUCAGUGUGUGUGGACCGAGGCCACCUGGAGGAGUACCUGCGGUGCCAGGACACAGUGCAGCGCCUGAGGGAGACGCCCUGCAGCAACAAGAAGAAGUCCAUCAUGGAAGCUCUCAAGACAGACCUAGAAUGUAGCUCUACUGCUGAUGCUUCCCUCCUCAAACCCUCCUCUCCUGUCCUUGUCACUAUCCUGCUGUCCCUCCUGUUCUUCCUCAGGGCACCCUAACUACUGUGUGGGGCAGCGACACACAGCCACGCCUGAGUUGGCUGUCGUCCAGAGGAUUUUGUAAUGUAGAGUAUGUAGAUGUUGAGUCCUUCUGUACCAUUCACACAUUCAGGACACCCACAGGACAUGGGUUGGGUUAGUGCCUGAGGAAAACCCCAAGUGCUCUCCUCUUCCCCAGAACUUGAGGAAUAUUGCCUGGUGAGCAUGAAGAGGAUUAUUACACCUAACCAUUGAGGGAACAGUUUGUGUGGAUAUAUUGCUGUGAGAAAUACUAUCCAUAUAUAUGUAAAUAUAAGCCAGGAUUACUCAAACAAGAUGCUUAUAGUAUGACUGUCACCCACUUGGUAAAGACUGACACCUUUGUGAUGGUAAUACAAGGUUAAAAAAACAGUUUCCUCUAUCAGGCAACCACUUCUCCGUCAGUUGUAUAUCCUACCAGACUCUCCAAACUGAACACGAUGAAUCAAAAACCACAAUACCACUGACACCACCAUUAACAUCUUUGGAGGAAGCACGGAGGCUACACAAACACCAGUAGACGAAAGUAACAGUGUUCCUGCUAAUGACAAAAAGUAGGUGGUGAUCUGCGGUGUGUUGAAUGUUUACACUCAAAAAGUCUUGUUGGAUUGUGGAAGGCAGAGGAGAGAGGAGGAGCUUCUGAUAUUUCUUUGGUGUCUGGGGAAGAAGCAUUAGCCUUGAGGUGUGCUUUGAGUGAGAGCGAGAAAGAUGUUUGAACUAUGUGUACUGUACUUUGGGUUUCCUACAUCUCCUCUUCCUAUUCCUCUUUCUCCUCCUCCUCCUUUUCCUCAUCCUUCACAUCCUCUGUUGUAUGUUUGUAUUAUUCCUGUGUAUAUUUGUUUGCUUGUUUUUCUCUCAGUAUUAAUUCUGCCAUGCUCAUUAAAGUUUUCUGUCUGUUCUGGUGAAAUUUUCAAUAGCUCCUCUGCCUCUCUUUCCUCCUGCAGUCAACAAAUGCAUUACUAUCAAAGUGUUUUACCUAUUUUGUGUUCACUGUCAUGAUGCCGUGUUGUUUUCCUGUUGUUUCUCUUACUACUACUACUACUACUACUACUAAUGCAACUACCACCAAUACCACUACAACUUCUACUACUACUCUACUACUACUACUACUACUACUACUACUACUACUACUUAAGUUACAUAUAGUUAGUUGAUGAAGAUAAGAUAUUUUCCUGCCAUACUAUUUUGUAUUUAACUAUUAUAGUGUGUAUGGUGGCAGUUGGCCCUGGUCGUGAUAUACAUGCAUAUAUAUAGUCUAUUUAUUUUUCAGUUCUGAAGUGGGUUUGAACCUCUUCCUACACCUAAACCUUUUGUAAAUACCUUUUUUAAAAAUUGUUGUUGUUCUGGUCUCAAUAUGUAGAAACUCAGUCCUUACAGGGGAAGCAUUUCAAGGUGUAUAGUGAAGGGAAGGUGAAGCGCUAUCCUUAGUCUGUGUUGUGUGUUGGUGUGUGUCAGUGAGGCAGUGGCUGAGUCUUCCUGAGCCAGUUUAUAGAAGAAUGUAUCCCUUCCAGCCACCUUCCUUCAGAUCUUCCCUCUUCACAGCAAACUUAUCAAGGGAGAGACAUUCUGCUUUGCAUCUACAAAUUUAGCUUUUUUUUUUCACUUUGUGUUUCCCCUCUGUGAUGAAGACAUCUUUCUUUUUACUGGUGUUUUCUCUCCUUUCUGCACGUCUCCCGAAAAUCUUUCCUGAUAGAAUAAAGGUUAAAAGAGAGACAUUCUAUUUCGUAUUCAAAUUUUGCAUUCUUCUUUAUGCUCUUUUCUUCCCACUUUUGAGGGAUGCAUGUCACUUCGUCUAGUAUUGUUUUAUUUCCUCCAGUCUCCAAAAGAAUCUCUCUUCAUACUUGAGAUAAAAAAAAAAAAAAAAGGGAGAGAGACUGUAUAUCAAACUCCAUAAUCCUCUCCACUCUGCAUUCCUCAUUUUGCGUCUCUUUCACUCAUCUUUCUUCCAAAUAAGCUAAAAAAAAAAAAAAAGUAAGUCUUCUGCAUUAGAGUGAAUGACAUGAAAGGAGAGAUCAAUUUUUUUUUUUUUUUUUUUUAUCUUAUUUCCUUGAUGUUUCUCCCCACACACAAAAGAACUAGUCUCGUAUCCCUUGUUAAAACUGAACCCUGCGGUGUCUGUUGUUGCCCCCCUCUGUAUAAUAGCCAGUAUGUGUAGGGUUUGUAUAAGCUGUUGUCAGGAUGUUAUGUGAGGAGUGAUUCACAUUAUUCUAUUGGUCUAAGUCUAUAGGCAUUCCAUAGGUCUAUUUAUAUUAUUGUUCAGCACAGUUAUAUUGCAGGUUUUGAGUGUUCCAGGAGACAGAUUGGGUUUCUAUUUUGUAAUGAUGCCAAGGUGCUUUCUCUCUCUCUCUCUCUCUCUCUCUCUCUCUCUCUCUCUCUCUUUAUUUUCCCUUUCAAGAUGUCAGACUCUCUAGCUCUCUUUUGUUCUUCCUAAUGUGUCAAUCUGAUAUUCCUACGGCUGCCUGCACCUCUUGUCUUGUCCACACCCUCCCCGUCAAGGCACCACACUACACAUACCACACGACUGUGACACGAGUAACACCGCCUGCCACACACCAACACAUCUCUCAGAAAAGCACUUGAUCUACCCCACGAUACUACUGCUAACUGUCUCCCAAGUUAUCCUUAUCUUGUUUCUUUUUCUUUUUUCCUGAAAAGUAAUAGCUACACUCUCUUUCUCUCUCCUCACAUGAGCCGUUUCUCUUUUCCGUUUAGUAAGACCGUGUUCCUCCGUGCAGUAAUUCUUUCUUUCAUUCCAGGGUAACACUUUUCUCCCCCAGGGUAACUCACUCCCAGGGUAACAACACCUUUUGGCAUUUGAUGAUACCUGAGACAUUUUAUUGUUAGUACCUAAUCUUUUUACUUCAUUCACUGCGUGUAUAGAAAUAAAAAGAUUAAUAUGUC